CGUCGCCACAGGAAGCCCAAGAGCCCCCAGACCCACGAUGACUGCCGCCGUUGCCAAGAAGGCCGUGAGAUGGCACAAGCUGCCCUACACCAAGUUCCUGGUGCACGAGUCCAAGCGCUCCUACUUCCAGCCCUUCCUCAUCGCCGGAGCUGCUGCGUGGGUGAUCUGCGGCAUCCUCCCCACGCGUGGCGCCACCCAGGAGGACAAGGAGAAGAGCAACUACUGGAAGCGCGUCAACGGCAAGUUCGACCACAGCCACCACUAGGCGCGCUCGGACUGCCUCGGGGACGUGCGCGUAGGUUGAAGGAAAGGACGCGGCGUGGACGGAAGAGAGGAAAGAUAGCAGCGUGGCUUGUAGUACCUCCAGGAUUGGCGAGCUCUCGCUGUCUUUGAGGCUGCCUUCGGGCCCGUUGUCUCUCUCGUUUAACCCAGCUCUUCGUUUUCUGCAAUUUGGCGUCCUCUACGCGACGACGAUUUAAUUCAAACCCCUCAAGAAAUACACGAAAUGCGUGCUUGUUUCUUGCUAGCUUG